CUAGGAGAGUAAUCUGUUUCCCUCCCUUGACAACUUUAUAAAUAUUCCAAUCCGGCACAAUCAUUAACCAAAAACAACGACAACCGUUCCUUCUUUCUCUCAAUCUCAAUCUCAACCUCUCUUCUUCUCUCUGUUAUUGUUCAAGAACCAAGCACACACAACAAAUAACACUCUUGUUGAGCAAAAGAGGAAAACACACACAGAAAAGAGAUUUGUGAAUUGUGAUGGGGGUUCGUGUUGAUUCACAGAACUCGUGUCCAUGGAGUUUCGUGACUAGGAGGAAGAAGGUGGAUUCUGCAGGGACGACCAGCAACGACUCUGAGAACCAACUUGCCAAGGAGUUAACUGUUCCGCAUCUCAUGGCAAUUGGCGUGGGUGCUACGGUUGGUGCUGGUGUGUAUGUUCUGGUUGGAACGGUGGCGCGUGAGCACGCUGGACCGGCUUUGCCGCUUUCGUUUCUGGUUGCUGGAUUUGCAGCUGCUCUCUCAGCUCUCUGCUAUGCGGAGUUGGCUAGUCGCUGUCCUUCUGCUGGGAGUGCGUAUCACUAUUCAUACAUAUGUGUUGGGGAAGGAGUUGCUUGGUUGGUUGGUUGGGCCUUAAUAUUGGAAUAUACAAUUGGUGGAGCUGCUGUUGCUCGUGGCAUAACCCCCAAUAUGGCUGCACUUAUUGGAGGAGUGGACAAUUUGCCCAGCUUUCUAGCGAGUCACCGUAUUCCUGGGAUUGACAUUGUUGUAGACCCUUGUGCAGCAAUUAUAGUAUUUAUAAUUACUGGACUUCUUUGUACUGGGAUCAAAGAGAGCACAAUGGUACAAAGUGUAGUCACAUCAGUGAACAUAUGUGCUUUGAUUUUUGUCAUAGUAGCUGGUGGUUACUUGGGAUUCAAAUCUGGAUGGGUUGGAUAUCAACUUCCUACUGGGUAUUUUCCAUUUGGGGUAGAUGGGAUGCUUGCUGGUUCAGCAACAGUCUUUUUUGCAUAUAUAGGAUUUGAUGCAGUUGCCAGCACUGCUGAAGAGGUGAAAAAUCCUCAACGAGAUCUGCCACUGGGUAUUGGUGCAUCACUAUUUCUCUGUUGUGGAUUAUACAUGAUGGUUUCCAUUGUUGUUGUCGGUUUAGUACCUUAUUAUGCUAUCCAUUCUGAGACCCCCAUAUCAUCUGCAUUUGCUGACAAUGGGAUGCAAUGGGCAGCAUACGUUGUAAAUGCUGGGGCCUUUACAGCUCUAUGCUCAGCAUUGAUGGGUGGGAUAUUGCCUCAGCCAAGAAUUUUGAUGGCUAUGGCAAGGGAUGGGCUUCUGCCACAAUUUUUUUCAGACAUAAAUAAGCGCACUCAGGUUCCUGUGAAGGGUACAAUAGCUACUGGCCUUGGUGCUGCAGUCUUGGCAUUUACCAUGGAAGUCUCUGAAUUGGCUGGGAUGGUUAGUGUGGGUACACUUCUUGCAUUCACCACGGUGGCAAUCUCUGUAUUGAUACUGAGAUAUAUUCCACCAGAUGUGGUUCCAUUGCCCCCUUCUCUCCAAGAACCAAUUGAAUAUAGUUGGAGCCAUUCAGAGACAAAUGAAAAGGAUACAGAGGCAAAUGGUGCUACUUCUGGGAAUAAAAAACCUUUACUUGUUAAAGAGGAUGUAACAAUUGAUUAUCCCUUUAAUUGUAAAUAUCUUGCUGUAGAGAACUAUAUUCAUAAUGGUAAUAGGCGAAAAUUUAUUGGUUGGGUAAUAGCUUUCACAUGUUUGGGCGUGUUUGUCCUUACAUUUGCAGCUUCAAAUAUAACUCUUCUCAGUUCUCUUCGCUUUGCAUUAUGUGGAAUUGGUGGGACUCUUCUUUUGUCUGGUUUUGUCUUCCUAACCUGUAUGGAGCAAGAUGAUGCAAGACACAACUUUGGGCACUCAGGAGGUUUCAUUUGCCCAUUUGUGCCUCUGCUGCCUAUAGCUUGCAUUCUCAUCAAUUGCUAUUUACUUAUUAAUCUUGGGUCUGAUACUUGGGCACGUGUUUCCAUAUGGCUAGCAUUAGGAGUAAUUGUUUAUGUUUUAUAUGGCCGAACCCAUAGUUCUCUAAAAGAUGCAGUUUAUGUCCCUGCAACUCAUGUGGAUAAUACCUAUCAGUCCUCUACAAGCUGUCUUGCUUAAUCUGCAAGCACAUGUUAAUAGGCCAAAUAUCAACAAGAUGUUGAGCUUCUUUUAGCCAAGCUCAAGAGAACAUUUCUGCUUCACUUGUGGUAUAUCCAAGCAUUGUACAGCAAAUGAAUAAAGAUUAGUGGUGGUUUAGUUCAUGGAUUGGUUUUUCUUCAAAAGAAGAAAAAUGGAAUCCAUUAAUAUGAAAAAUAGCUUGAGAAAAAAAAAAUGAAGUUAUAGUAGUUGAUUGUAAAAUUUUAGUAUCAGUAACCGUGCACCGCGCGGAGCAAUAAUAAUAUUAAAUGUUAGAUUAAGUUGUGAAUGAGAUAAAUUUGAAAAAGCAUUAUUGAAUAGAUCCAUAAAAUUGUAUA